AUGCCAUUUGGCGAGUUCAGACAGUGGUGCGAGGCAGAUGAUGAGGUACAGACACAUACACACACAAGGCCUCCAUGUCCCAUUUCUUGUGUGUGUAUGCAGUUGGAUCUGCAGCAGCAGGCGUACGAGGAGGACAGCGGCAUAUGGAUGCUGCUGUUCGGCUUCUGCUUAAUGACUAGAACGUAAGCGCCCAAACAAGGAAAGGAGGCAGGCAGCCAUGGGACGGGGGUCGACUUGCGUGAGUGAGCAUGUGUGUGUGUGUGUGUGUGUGUGUAUCAGUCCGUUUGCUAGUGUCCGCCCCCGCAGCUCGUUCCUCCGCCUCACCGGCGACUGGUCCCAGGACCAGACCGCCCUGAUGGACAUUGUCCGACGCAAAAUGGUAUGGAUGGAUGGACGGAUGGCUGGAUGGCUGGAUGGUCGGUGCAAUCGGUUUGGCUCUCUCGUAUCAGGCUCUCUCGUAUCAGGUACUUAGCCUAUAUCGCAAGCAUCUCCCGGCUGAGGUUUUCGACAGUGCUGCUGAUCGGGAGAUGAGCGAGGGCGACGAGGGCGCGGUAGGCAACCAAAGCACUGUGCAAGGGUGGCGGGGUGGGUGCGUCAACGCGCCGGCCGUAUGUGUGUUGGUGCCCCCAGGUGGUAUCUCCGACCGCGUCAAUAGGCGACGAGGAGUUCUUCUCCCUCGACCCGCCCCCACCAGAGCAAAGUGACAGCACUGACGGCACCUUGCGGGGGGCAGAGCCACCCCAAACCAACGUCCAGGGCCAUCCUUCCCGGGAGGGGGGGUUUCUGCAUGGGUUCAUGCAGAUCGUGGAGGCCAUCGCUGGAGGGUGAGCAGCGACGGUCAUGUUACAUGUGAUGCGAUGUGUAGUGGACAUGUUCAGACAGUGACUGCGACUCGAGUACCACUCAGUUAGCUGUACAUUAAUUGACGCGUUAUUCCGUCUGUCUGGUCGGGCUUUCCCGAUCAACACACCACGCUGCGUGUAGCAGCCAGUCAUUCAUUUCGCGCGUCAGUCAGUCAGUCGGUCAGUCAUUCAGUCAUUUGGUGUUCAGGCAGUGCUUCGAUUAGCCACACUUGUCUCGCUUGUACUUGCAGAGUGCUGUACGUCAUGUACUACUGCUGUACUGUAUGUACUACCCGGAGAGAACCAACUUGAUGACAUGAACACAUGCCUUCCUCGUCUAUGUAUGCGCACACCAAACAGCAGGCCUCUCGCAGCCAUCGAAUCCAAGCCUUUCCAAGCAUGCAUCGCCUCUCUCCCUUUCUCUCUGUCUGCCUAUUGGUUGGCUGCUGUGGGUGGAUGGGUGGGGCGCUUCUGUUGUUUUCCGCGUGUACAUGGUGGUGUGUUCACCUGAUUGUUGUUUGUUGCGUUGGAUGGCUCAGUGGGCUUCCAUGUUUCGCUUGCUUCCUCUGGCUUCUGUACACUUGCCAGGGCUUCAUGCUGUCGGGCGAUAUCGCUCGUUCUUGUGUAUGUAGCCAGGGGAAGUGUUCGUCAUCUGUGCCCUCUAUUGUCAUCUGCAUGUCGGCCGGUGCCAG